GAUACGAUCCAGGGAGACUAUUUAACAGCAGCACUCGUCUGGGAUGUGGACAGAUAGAAGAAAUCUAAGUUACAUCACUUCCUGUGAACGAAUACAGCUUUGUCUCUUCAUUUUCUCUUCGUCAGUUUUCUGAGACCCGGAGCUCGAUGUGUAAAGGACUCUCCUCCCUGCCCUCCUCAUGCCUGGAGAAGGCAAAAGAGAUGCGGGUGAUGUUUGGCCAUCUGGCUGAGACACACCACAAGCAAAAGGAUGGGAAAACUCUUCAGGACCUGGAAACUCUGCUAAACAGCAAAGGGAGCCUGCAGGCGUUUCGUGGGUUCCUGCGUUCAGAGUUCAGUGAGGAGAACCUGGAGUUCUGGCUGGCGUGUCAGAACUACAGGGUUUUGCCCUCAAACCUGCAAAAGACCAAGGCCAGCGGCAUCUACAGCCAGUUUAUCAACCCUGAUGCACCGCAGGAGGUCAACCUUGACGCGGAGACCCGUGAGGCUCUGCUGAGUGUGAUGGACUCUCCGUGUGCCGACACGUUCAAGACGGCACAGCAGACGAUCUACAACCUGAUGGCUAAAGACUCCUUCCCUCGCUUCCGGCGCUCCCACCACUGCGUAGAAGCCAUUAGGGCUUUUUAAAGAUAGAGUUUACUGGCACAAACCUGCUUUAGAAAUAAGUGCUGAGGAUUCUGUACUUCUGGACAUGUUGAUUGUAUUGUAUCAUUAAGUUCAAUAGGCAGCUUGUUGUGAUUGUUGUUCUUACUAGUGUUGUAAUAACACACUGUUACAUUCAGGAAGCAUGUCAUCCCUGUGGCAUCACUUUAGUUAAUUUAGGCAGUUAGAAAACAUAGACACCUCUUAAUAACUAUGAGCCUGAAUUGUAGAUGUGACUAUAUUGUGCCUGUGGAUUACAUGAGAUUCAAGUGACGUUCACAAAGGAUUUAAAUAAAUCACUUAUAAAAGAUGCAGUUUGGUACUUAAUUGUAUUAUUUUAUAUACACACUGUAUAUCAACUUUAUUCUAUAUGUAAAUACAUACAGCGUGACCAAAUGCACAUUAACCUACUUGAGAUUUGAAUGUUUUCUCUUUCUUGAUAUAUAUUUGGGUCAUAUAAUACAGCACGAGCUCAGUCCUUCCAGGGGACAUGCAAAACAAGCUCCUCCUUUCCAAAAAAGUAACAAUAUCUUUGAUAAUUGUGGAAAGUGUCUCAAAACAACUUUUAAUUAAAAUACACCAUUUCUUUGCAUUUACUAAAACUCUGCAUUCCAACAGCUAAUGCAGGGUGUAUGAGGAUUAUCAUAAGGACUUAACACCUUUGGCAAACUUUUUUCAUUUUCUUCCUGAAAAACUCAAGACUUCCUGCACAUGAUCUGGAUGUAUUCAAUCAUCCGGCCUUUGUUUCCAGGUCAUAAUCAGACCAUGCUUACAACAGAUCUCAAUAUCCUUCAAUAUUUACAGAAAUUAUCAGAAGACAGUGACUACCAACUACUUCUCCAAACAUUAGGUUCAGCCCACUUUGUUCCUAGAGAGCCGUCAGUCUCAAGUGUCUCAGAUUUUCUGUGUAGUGACGGCUAUACUAAAAAUGUGAUCACAAAAAUAAAAGUGAAGGUUUCUUGUGUUCAUUUUGUUUUAAUCCUUACAGUGAAUAUAUGUGGUGCCCCCAAUUGGACAUGUAUGUGUUGUCCAUGGCCCAGUGAACCAUUUCAUUCAGAAAAUGUCUUCCUUUAAAUGUGUCUCGUUGUGACUUUAAUAAAAAGAAGCACAGGACAGGGGACACUUGAAAAUAACUGCAGGUCACUGAGGUUUCAUCUCAGUCCUCCUUGUUUUGACACCACCAGGUUCCGGUCUGCAGGUGCGAGUUGGUGUAUCUGGUCCUAUUUGGAGCUGG